AAUAGAUGUCACAUGUCGCCGUAAUUGUAAACAUUUUAUAUUUGACAUAAUUUUCAAAAUGGCGUGUAUGUACGAGUUGUGAUAAUUUAUAAAAAGCGCCUCAUGAAUAAUGCGGUACAAGGUUACGGCCAAGGAGCUCUCAGUUCCAAUCAACAGGUGCCGUACUUACAGGACCAAAACCAACCUUCAGCUUCAAUCACGACCUCUCUACGGCAGUUCCGGAAAAAGGACAGUUUGGAAAAAAGCCACCUUGAUAAUGGCGUCAACGCGUCUCAGACCGAAAACCACGCCCACGUGGCCCGAGUAGCCCCACACAACCAUUUUCCGCCCAGAAAUAACGACUACUAUAGACCUGCAAAUCCUUUGAUGUCUGAUUUUUGUACCAACUACAAAGAUCCCCAGCAAGUGAAAUAUUCCGAGAUAAGCGAGCAUCAACCCCAGCAACCUAAAAAAGACUACAUGGACAUGAUGACGCAAAACCAUCAAAAACCCGUUUACCCUGAUCAUCAUCUGAACCAGCAACAAAGUUUUGGGCACGAUGGGAUGCAUCCUCAGUAUCUGGCGAAGGAAACGAUGCAUUAUAAACAGCAGGAAGCUCAUUAUUUUCAAAGUCAAAUCAAAUAUAACAUGCCAGGGCAGAUGAAGAAGUACCCGAAUCAAGAGAACGAUUUUUUUUCGCAGCUUCAGAAGUUUCAUCCAUCCAUGGCCAGGAGUAUCAUGAGCGAGCACCAUAUGAGGGAGAACCAAGGUGGUUAUCCGAACAUGGAGCAAAAUAGGAUGUAUCAGCAAAGCCAGAGGUAUUAUCCCAAUACAAUGCAAAACCCAAAUCCAUACCAUGCGAAUUCGUACGGCAUUCCUCAGCAUUAUGGUUACGUUCCACAGAACUGCAAUUAUAACUCCAGACAAAAUCCAAUGCCAAGGUUUUCAUCAGCCGGUGUUCCAGCGAACAUGGAAAGAAGUAUAUCACCGCGCAGAACUUAUCCAGAAUUGAUGAAUUACAACCCAGCCCAACAGAAAAUGUCUCCGAAUUAUCCUCCACAGUACACGCCAGAAUAUGCUCAACACUACCAACACAGAAGAAGUCACGCCAGUCAGGAGUUUUACAACCAGCAACCAAGAAAUCCACAGUUCAUGCCAAAUGCAAUACAGACCAUAGAAAUUCCGGAAAACAGAGUUACUCCAUCGAACGAUUUAAAGCAGUUCAUCGAAAAUUGGGCCGACGAUAAUGAUAAUCCCAGUGAUAUCGCCAAAGACCAAACUGUUUUCAUAGUUAACUCGGAUGAAUUGCAAUACUUGGACAGCCCUGUGAUCAUGGAAAAUGGGCAGUUUAUCAUCAAAAAUUUGGAAGAAAAAUCGCCAAAAAGUGAAGAUGCAACCGAAGAUCAAACGUCAAAAGUCGUCAUCCAUUCCAACACGCUCGUAACGCCAAGCAAAGACGAACCAAAACUUGACAAGGUCGACAAAAACUGUUCACCCAUCAAUCUGGAACACCUAAUAGAAGAAAAAUGCGAGCGAGACUCUGUUAUAUCGCUUUGCCAAUCAAAUAAAGACGAUAGCGACGAAAAAAAUUCCGAACCCAGCAAGGAUAUGCCGAUGAUAGACCUAUUCGAUGAAAAAAUAAGUGAAGAAACCGAAGCAAGCAAUAAAAAUGAAGAGGUUAAAGAAAAAACCGACGACAUAGGAGAAAACAAUGAGGUAAAAGACGCCAUAACUGAAGAACCAUCCAACCAACAAACCUGCGAAGAAAAAAUCGAUACCAAAGAAGAAACAUCUGAUAAAAAUGAAGAAAACGCGAGCCUUUUUGAAGAAAUAAGGGAAAAAAAUGUCACACCCAAAAAAAUGUUGAGCAGAAGGAAGAAGAGAAUAUUUUCCGUGGACGAUAUCAUCAAUAAAUUAGGGAAGAAACAAGAAAUCGCUUCAAAACGAAGAAAAAGCAUACUGGCUACCCAAAAGUUUUUGGAAAUCGAGAAGGAUGCCUGUCAGGAAAAGGAAGAUACCAAUGAAGAAAGUUCAACAAAAAGUGAAGAAAGUGUUUUCAAAAAUGAAGAAAGUGCACCAAAAAAUGAGAAAAUUGAAGAAAACUCGUCAAAAAAUGACGACACCGAAGAAUCUACAAAAACUGAAGACCAAAUUGAAGAAACAAACGAAAUUCAGGCACAAGAUAAAGAAAUAUCUUCAACUGAAGACACAACAGAAGCAAUUUCUUCGAACAUACAGUACAGAAGCGCAAUAAAAAUUGAAGAAAGUUCAGUUCUUCUUCACAUAGCUGGCGAAUUGGUCGAAAUAAACGUAAAUGUUUUAAAUGGGAAAAAGGUAAUAACAGUUUUGCCGAUAUCGGAGAGUACAGUCGUCGAUUUUAAUGAUAAUUAUGAAACCUUGGAAACUGAAGAAAGUCCGCAAAAAGAAGAUCAAGGAAGGAUAGAAGAAAAUUUGGAAAAAAAUGAAUGUUUAUUGGAAGAAACCAAUGUUUUAAAUGAAGAUAUCGCAGAAAUUAAAGAAGCAAUUGAAGAGAUCAAGGAAUCAGAUGUAAUUAUGGAUGUAUGUCCAUUAAUUGAAGAUAUUGCCAACGUUGAAACUAUAAGUGAAGAAAUUGUUGAAGAAAUUGAAAUUAAAUUGGAAGAAAUUUUGCCUUUACCCGAAGAACCCAUAAAAGAAGAUAAUAAAAAUGAAGAAACAGUAAAAAUUGAAGAAACGCCACAUGAAAAAACAAAAGAGAAAAUUGAAGAAAUUACUGAUAAAACAAAAUCAAAUCAAGGUGAGGAAAUCAAGAAACCACUCGAAGAUAAAGAAGAAGAACCCCAAAUAGUUGAAGAAACAGAAACCAAAGACGAGCCCAAAUACUUGGAAGAACCAGAUAUGGUUGAAAUAACUUUUGGCGACGAAAAUUUAGAACUUGAAGUCGAACUAGAUCUUCAAAACGAUAAAAAAAUUAAAGAAAAGGUCGACAAAAUUGAAGAAAAACCCAACAAAAUUGAAGAAAAGCAAGAUAAAAACCCAAUCCUGCCAACAAAAGCGGCUAAAAAAGCUUACGACAGCGAUUUUUUGAAGACCGCAGCUAACAAACCAAAGAAAAACAAUGAAGAUAAAAAGAAGAAAGCCAUUCAACUUAAAGAAGAAUGUGAAAAGAAAGUUGCAGAUGUUUCAGUUAAAAAACCAAAGAAAAGCGAAGAAGCAAAAACGAUAAAAAAUAAUAAUGAAUCUUCGAAAAAUGAGAAGAAAUCUAAGAGCGAAGAUGAAGAAUACGUCAGUUUUAAGGAGUUGGUGAAAGCAAGAAAAUUGAAGAAGAAGAAGAAAAUGCAGGAAAAUCAAGCAAAAGUCCUGCCGACUGUAUUAAAAAGUGAAGAAAACGUAAAAAAGAACGAAAAAGUUGAAAAUGUCGCGAAAAAAGAAGAAUGCAAACAAACCAAAGAAAAAAAUGAAGAAAUCAAUAAAGUGAAGAUCGCAAAGCCAAAAGAAGAAGCUGUUAAAAAAACAGAAGAAAUUAAAGCAAAACCUGUUGAAAAGGAAGACAUCAAAAAGGAAGAUUUGAAAUCUUCAAUUUUAAAGAAAGAAUCAUCACCGGUAAAGACUAUACGUAAAGUAUCGUUCAGUGAAGAUUCUAAAGACUGCAAAGACAAGAAUAUUUCAAUUGUUGUUCAAAAUGUACCAAAUGAAGAUGUUAAGGAUAAUAAGGAAGAUAUUGGAAAGAAAAAACGGCUGAGUCUUGAAGAUUACAAUAAUAGAAAGCGUAAAUUAUCGCCGGUAAAGGAAGACUUUAAGAAAGAAGAAAUAAAAAGCGUUUUCGCCGAAAAGAAGAAAUGUGAGUCAUUUAAUAGACCUAAAUCUUUGGAAGAAUUUAUCAUUAAAGAACCUGUGGUUUUGAGAAGAAAAAUGUCGUUGGAAGAAAGUUCUUUAAAGUUGAGCAUUUUGAAUGAUUGGGAAGAAAGUAUGAGUCCUAAAAGGGCGAAUGAAGAAGUUGAGGUGUGUAAAGGUAUCAAUAAUAAUUUGAUUGAUCUGGAUAGUUUGAAUAUUAAAGAAAGUGAAGAAAAGUCUUCAAACAAAGACGCGAUACAGAAGUAUAAGGAUGAAAUUGAUUCCAAGCUGAGUUCUAUUUCGCUAAACAUACCGAAGAAGAGCCUUAGGGGGCAGAUAAACGCAUUGGAAAAGAAGAUUGACAAUUUUUCUUUUACUCCCAAAGAUAUAAGUGAGAAUCAUGUUUUGAUGUCGAGGUUUUUGAAGAAUGAAUAUUUGAAUGAAGAAGAAAUGUUCAAGAUAAAGCGUAUUAUCCAGUACAAACGUAUGGUGCAGCAUCUUCAAAAACUGAAGAACGGCACUGAACCUUCAGAGUACGAAAUCAAAAACGACGACCAAAAUUUGAAGCUGCACUUGAAGAAAAUUACCGACGAAAGUCAGAAAAGAAAGAAGCGAAGGUUUAGGAACCUGUGCGCGAAAUCUUCAAUUGAAGAAAAUUCCGAUUCCGAUUUCGAAGAAGAAGACAAAAAAAUGUGCGAUUACUCGGUCGUUCAGCAGAACUGUCAGUAUGCAGGGGUACCAAAGUUAAUAAUUAAAAGAAAAGUCGAAAUUCCCCAACCAGUGGUGAGAUUGGAAAGACUGGACAUAAGUGUUUACAAAAAAAGAAAGUGGUAUUAGGGUUUUAUAAACGUUUUUUGUCAGCGUGUUUUAAUGAAUAUAUACAGGGUGUUGUCAUUUUAAUAUUUAAGGUGUUUUAGCAUCAAAAAAAUAUUGCAUCUUAAGAAUUUAGGAUUUUUCUUAUUGAAACACCCUGUAUAUUUAUGAACUUUUCCGGUGAUUAAGAGGGAAUUUCAUUAUGCAAUUGUGGGACCAAAUAUUUGUUUUCAUUUAUUAUUUUUUUGUUGAGUUUUUAUAGUAUAAAAAUGUUGAUUUUAUGCCUUCUUAGUUAUUUAUUUUUUCCUUGCAAUUUAAAAGUUAUGGUUUUUUUUAUUUGACCAAUAAAAUUUAUAGAAUCUCUGAGUUUGGCCAAAUUUUUGAAUCUCCUUUCAAAAAAUGAAAUUCAAUUUAAUUUUAUUACAAAAUGUUCCUAUGAUAUUAUUUCAUUUUAUUGUAUUGUAACAUAAUGGGUGUCUUAAUGUAAUAGUUUUUUAUUUCGCAUUAUUGAGACGCCCUAUAUAAAGAAUCCGCAUAUAGAUAUAAUAGUACAAGUGAAUUCUAAAGAGUUGAAUUUUUUUAAAAUUUUAUAAAAUUGUUUGCAAAUAAUAUAAUAUAAGCUAUGUUGUGAAUCCCUGCUAUAUUCAGUAUUAAGAAAUAAAGCCUUAUUGAAAAAUAUUUUUAGAUAAAAUAUUGCUAAAUGUCAAAACAUUACAUUCCUUAUCAGAAAAUAUAUCAACUUUUUUCAGUGUUAGUAGGGUGUCCCAGGUUUUAGUAAGAUUUUCUUUAUUAUCUCCCAACUAAAAUUUGGGACACCAUUAAAAUAUAAGUGUGAUAUUUAACCACAUUUUUGUAUAUAUAAUUUCUAUUUUGUAUAUUUGGGCAUUGUUUUUUUUGUUUUAAAAUCAUGGAAAAACUAUAGGGUGUCAAACUAGUCCUGUUGUACAUUUUGUUGUAAAUAUUUUCGAAUUUAAUAAAAAAAAAAGUUUGUUUUAGGGUUAAAAUUAUUAUGUUUUUAAUACUUUUAGAGUUUUGUUUAGUUUAUUGUUCAAUGGAAAAUAUUGGGACUUUUGUUAUUUCGUUAUAACUUUAAAGUGUUUUUAAAGGUAAUAUGUAACUUUAUAUUAAAUUUUAAUAUUUUAGCAUUAAAACUUUAAAGUUGUAACAC